UACUGGUGAGAGUGGUGGCGGUGUUGCUGGGGUCGGGAGGUCUCCGGGCGGGUGGCCUGGGGUGUUUUGGUCUGCUGUGGCCAGUCUUGCUCCACGCAUACAUACAGUACAUACACUCACACAUAUACAUAUAAAGCAGUGACCAGUGCUUCCAUAUCUCCGACAGCAGCUUCAUCGGGGCCCAGCUUCACCACAGAGGCGGGACAAGCUGAUCUCAAGACUCCUCUAGAAGCACCCAGAUCCAGACACACUCCCAGCAGCAGCAGCAGCAGCAGUAACACGAGCGGGAGGUGUUGAACGGUAGCUAGCGGCGAGAGAAGUCAUGUACUGCCCCGCCACUGUCACGCCAAACGGGCAAGUUGGCGUGAUGUGGAGCUGUCUGCCUUUAUAUACCUGCGUCACCUUGUCUAUAUAACACAACAUGCGUGUGUGUGUAGCGGUGUUCCUGGCGGGGGUGGCGGCUGUGGUGAUGGUGGUGGCAGAUCCUCGUCCCAAGCCCCAGCGUGUUGGCGUGCAGAUCGACAACAACGUGCUGUUCACGGCGGGCGCUGGCUUGCUGCUCGCCGGCCUCGCCUUCCACGCCGGCCGCCGUAGCGCCUACAACGAGAAAAACGGCGGCGGCUCCGGCGGAUCAUUCGGGGGCUUCCUUCCCUUCCGCCACCGCCGCCAUACUGGCCCUGAACCACUGGACCCUCGCAUGGAACAAAUCUUGGAGGCAGCUUUGGAGAAAGACCCGGCGGGCUGUGUCCUGCAGCUGACCUGCGCCGUGGGCACCAUUCCGCCAGCUGCCCUCACUGGCCGCAUCAAGGGCCUCCACGCUAUACUGAGCUCGGCGGGCGGCAGGGCGCAGGACGUGGUGUCAGAGUACCAGGCGGCGCUGUCCCUAGGGCGGCGAGGCGGUGACUGUGACCGCCUGUUCCCCCGCUGCCCGGAGCACUCCCCGCUCCUCGUGGAUCAGUUCCAGACCAUGGAGAUUGUGGAGUAUUACCCACACUAAUCUCUCAAGAUACGUACAUCUGUAGUUUUCUCGAUUAAUACAACGAAUGCGGCACGUUCCUUCAUCACACUAAUACAUUACGUAGUAUGAGCAACAAUAGACCUUGUUGAUUGGGAAAAUUGCGAGCGUGGUGGCAGAUACAGCGCAAUAUGACAUGACAGUAUUAGCAGAAUUUUCAAGGAAGCAGCCAUGAAUCUUAGAUAAGUACGUUCUAUAUAUCUAUCUUUCACUCUUCAUUAUCAAAAGAAAAUCCAGGCAUGUUACCUCUACUGUGCUUGUUGAUGAUCCAUGGCUGUGAAAGUUGGUUUUCUCUGCUUCGUGGUGUACGUUGUAUCCCUGAAUAUAUUUGGUUAAGGACACAUUAACUUCAGCCAUCCAUCAUUUUAUGUACAUUUAACCUCUUAAGAUCUUGACAGUAAAAUCUUUAAGCACUUUUCAAUGGUCUCAUGGUUCUAGCACUGGUGAUUUGUAUUAGGCCAUGUAGAUCCUUUUUUGGAUGCCUUAUGUGUGUGUGUGUGUGUGUACACGUGUACCUAGUUGUAUAUUACAGGGUUCGAGCAGGGCUCAUAGUGACCUAUCUCCAUAUCUAUAUUUAUCCAACUUUUCCUUUUCCUUAAAUAUGUGCACACUUUCUGCUGUUACAAUCUCUUCACUGAAUCCAUUCCAGAGGUCCACCAUCCUAUGUGGAAAAUUGAACUUCUUAAUGUUCCUCAGAAACGGACUUUUCAUAAUCUUGGAAUAUGCUCUUGUUCGUCUAUCUCCAUCCUGGUGUGUGUGUGUGUGUUGUACCUUGACUUCUGCAGAGUACUCUAGGAGACAUUUUGACACAUGCAUAAGGUACACAAAGGUAGGAAAGGGUGUGUGUGUGGUUCAGGACUGCUGGCUCAGAUCCACCACACACUAACCUUCCACUCAGGGAACAGCAAUCCCUGCGCAGGGCCCCAGGCUGCUGCUACACUCCACGCUCCACUGUAUCUUGCCUUUAACUGUAGUGGAUAGUUUUUGUGUAGUGUAGUUGUAUUUCCCUAAUUGUUGUACUCAGGGCCUGGGAUACAUUUGUGUGGUUCUCUCUUUGUAUCAAUUUUUGAACAGUUUCUUUCCCUAGUUAUUGUACACUUCUUGUCUCCGUCACCUCUUUUUGUUAGUUCCAGAUAUGUUUAUUUUGAAAGGGAAGGUGUAUUUGUGUUCCGCAUUCAAAUGUCUCACCUUUUGUAGUCCAUGUGAAGCAACACUACAUGAUGUACAACCACACUGCCUUGCUGCCAAUAAGACCCAGCCCUGUGCCACAAGGAUCUAAGUUCCCUGUUUGUAUUGUACAGAGGAAGUGGUUUCAAGAAUACAGGCACAAGAAAUAUAAUGUUCCCUUACUGAUACAUACCAUAUCAUUCUUGUCAUUAACCCUUUCAGUACUGAAAUGUAUUUCUACCUUGAGUUUUGGGUAUGAUUAUACAAUUUAAUAGACAUUAGGAAGGGUCUAUGGAGGGCAAAAGAUUAAUGGCCAGUCUUUACUAUUUUAAUCCCUACAUGAGUUUCUGAAGUUGUAUAAAAUCACCAAAUAGUAACCAGAUGAAAAGAAAAAUGUGUCAUGGUACUGAAGGGGUAAAUUUCUCAAGUCUUCAGAUUGUACAUUGGUAUAUUCACCGAAAAGUAAAUAUGGUGGUGUCUUAAAACUAAAAGUAAAAAAUACAAUGUAAUGUGUUCUAGCUGGAAAAAGGAAAUGUGGAAGAACCAUUUUUCCUCACAGAAGUUCACCUGGUAUUCCUCACUCAGCUGUUAGCAGGGCUGGUGCAGUGCUCCUGCAGUAGGGACAUGAGCCACCUGACUGUCUGCUGAAAGAUGCUUUGCACACUGAGCAUUGCAAUUACUAGAAGUAAUAAAAAUAAAAUUAAAAUAAGCUAGAGUAGAUAUAAAAGAGUAAAAAUAUUGAAGAACCUGUUGGUGGUGGCUGCUGUAUCCUCCAACUAUGCUGCCUUACUUAUGCACCCAUCAUCAGUCUGCUGGGCUGGCUCAUGCUCUGGGGAGUGACCUGCCCCAUGGGGCAGCUGUUGCCACCUUACUGUACCUCCAAGGUGUGUGUGUGUGUGACUACAUCUAUAUACUGCAGCAGGACAGUGUGUGUUGACAGUGUCAGACUGGAUUGCAUCCAAAAAAGUGUCUAUGUUUGUUU